AUGUGUCUCUUCACCGCGAACCGCUCCCUCCGCAUCCCCCAGCCCCCGCAAAUGGCCAAGACGCUAGGGCACCUACAAGAACUGGGCGUCGAGGUCUACCCGAGCUUCGCUGGGGCCGGUCUCGUGUACAGUCCAGACGGCAAGGCUAUCCUCGGGGUGCGCACGAACGAAGUCGGCCUCGACAGGCGAGGGCGGAUGAAGGACGCGUUCAAACCAAGUAUAGAGCUCCGAUUCCGGGCUACGCUCCUGGCUGAGGGCACGCACGGCUCCUUGUCGAAGGAGGCCAUCCGCCGCUUCGAACUGCGUGAGGGCCGGGAUCUCCAGACGUACAGCCUUGGUAUCAAGGAGCCGCUCGACUUCCACACAUACAGCGACGGGUGGGCAUACCAUCUGACGGACGGACUGGUCGCCCUCGGCUUCAUCGUAGACUUCGACUACCUAAAUCUAUAUCUCAGCCCACACCGCGAGCUCCAGCUCAACUUCCCCGGGAGCGCGCUCAUGGGCUGCUCCGCCGGCUUCGUGGACGUCGCAAAAAUCAAGGGCACGCACAACGCGAUGAAGAGCGGGGUGCUCGCCGCCGAAGCCGCGUUCGACGCGACUUCCGAUGAUGCGCACGCGGACAUGAGCGCGUACGAGACGUCGUUACGCGAGAGCCGGUUGCACGACGGUUUGUAUGAAAUCCGCCCCUCGGUCAAAACCUCCCUCAGCAUCCUCGGCGUCGUCGUCUACUCCCGCAUCGGCACGCUCCUCCUGCGCGGCCGCACCCCCUGGACGUUCCGGAACAAUCUGCAGCUGUCCGGCGCCACGCCCACGAAGCGCGCACCCGGGUGCCAGCCGAUCAAGUACCCGUCCGACCAACCCCUGCUCUCGACUGACCUCCUCACGAGCCUCGCGCUCACUGGUACGAAUUACGCCGAAUACCAGCCCGUACACCUCCGCGUGCGCCGUUACCUGCCCCCAGGCAGCAAAGCCGCCGGCGCGGAAGGCUCAGAGCCCUCUAAGGGCCUCACGACCACGCACUGGACUGCAGACACCUCCGCCUAG